UGCCAAAAUUCCCAUUCACCUCACCGCCCACUUUUCUUCGACCUCAGCUCGUCUUCAACUGCAAUCCACAUGCAUGUGCUACUUCUUUGAUCGGCUCUAUCCACAACGCGAUAGUCUACUAACGCUCACGGGCAACAACGCCGAGGCGGCGCGGGAAGACACACUUUGGACCUUGCUUCCGAAAGGCGCGUCAAUGCUGCGGCCCUUGGUGUGAUGUUCUCGCUAGUCCAGGGCAUCUACGAGGAGCUGACGUACGUCAACGAACGCAAAAUAGCCCUGCUCGGCGUCGAGUCCUCUGGAAAGUCUUCUAUACUAGAAUGGCUCAAGGUGUACUUGAAAAAAAACGCGCCUGCGGAAGCUAUCGUUGAGAAGCCCUCGUCUCUGGAAAAAAUGAAUCCUACGGUCGGUCUUAAUGUUGCGAAGCUUCACACUGCUGGUGAGAAGCUUCUCGUUUGGGAUCUCGGCGGCGCGAAGGCCUUGCGCUCGAUUUGGGAGCGCUACGUCGAGGAUGCGGAGGUUGUUAUUUGGGUUGUCGAUUCCGCAGACGAGUCGAAGCUUGAGGAUUCCCGGGAUGAAUUGAAAAAGCUCGUUGUGCGCGAGCAUUUGGUACAUAGCCCGCUCCUCAUAUUUGCCAACAAGCAGGAUCAAAAAGAUGCGAUCGAUCCCGUCAAAAUCAGUCUUGAUCUCGACCUUCUGUCCGACGCGGAGAAAAGGCCGCAGUGUGUGCAACCAUGCUCAGCAGAGUCUGGGGAAGGCAUCCGCGAAGGCAUACAGUGGCUCAUGGCCAAUUUGCAGGGAAACAUGAAGCUGGAGAUCAGAAUUCCUUAAUGGACUGUCGACAAGAGUGCAAAAGCAAAAACUUCUACAAGGCAUUAUAUUAUUUUGUAAGGAAGGACAAGCGUGGUUUUGUCUUCUCCGAUAGAUGAAUGCGCUGGUAUCUGGUUGAUACCAAAUCCUGGGACAUAUUCUUCGUGAAGCUUUAUGGGGCAUCCAUUCACGCUUCCUUCCUCGGAAUGG